GCCUUUCUGCUGAUGAGAAAAAGAAACUGAAAGAAUAAACGAAACUUUUAGCUCGUCUUGAGGUUACUUUCACAAUGUCAUCAGAAGAGGAUUUAUCCUUGGUGGUGGACCCAGAACCUUCAGAAGACACUUUGGAAGGAGUCAAAGUUUUAAUUAAAAACUACAAGAAAAAGUACGAUGAGCUCAUUAAGGAGCAGAAGGAGCUGCGCGAUCGCAAAGAGGAGGUGCAGGAUCUGGCCCGGCAGUUCGAGGAGCGCACGGAGAACCUGAAACAGGAGCUGGAAAUGGACAAGCGCUCCUACAAAGCUCAGAUGAAAAAGGAGGAGGGGAAGCUGGGUUCUCUGAAGCAGGAUGGAGGAGACCUGAUGGAGCAGAUCCAGAAGGUCCAGGCCGAUAUCCAGGAGGAGCAGAUCCGGAACGCCCGCCUGAAGGAGCGCGCAGACGUGUUCUGCGCAAUGCCGGAGAAGAAGUUCGUCUUCAGGGGACAGACGGGAGACGCCGACGACUGGCAGAAGUUUGACAUGAAGUCUCAGAUCGUGUACCCGAUGGACGGAGGGACGGCGCUGAUCACGUUCGAGGAGGAGGACGUGGCGAGGAAUGUUCUGGACAGGAAGAGGCAUCGAGUGGACCUGGGCGGGGAGUGCAGGAUCACCGUGGAGGCCCGGCCCGUCCACCUCAUGCUGCCCGGUCUGGUGGAGAUCGACUCAGAGGUGUGUCCCCGCAGGGUUUUGGUCUCCAACCUGCCCAGGAUGGACACGGAGACGCUGCUGAACAAACUGGAGAUCCACUUCUCCAAGUCCAAGAACCGAGGCGGGGAGGUGGACGCCUGCGACUUCCUGCCCGACUCGGGGACCGUGGUCAUCGCGUUCGUGGAGGAACACAUUGCCAAACGAUUGACAGAAAACGAGUCUCAUGAAGUGAAGCUGAGCCAAACGAAGCACAAAGUCAGAGUGACGCCUUUCCUGAACGGAAAGAUCUCAAACUUUGAGACCCGGGUGUCGACGUGCCCUCGGACGGUUCUGCUGACGGGAAUCCCCGACAUCAUGGAGCAGGAGACUUUACAGGACCUGCUGGAGAUCCACUUCCAGAAAAACGGCAACGGCGGAGGAGAGAUCGAAGCCUUCCUGUACAACCCGGCGGGUCGGAGCGCCUCGGCUCUGUUCGGCUCUGGCUCCAAGGAAUGA